AUGGAGCCAUUACAAGCAAAACUUGUAUCUAUGUGUCUUAUAUCCCAACAUAAAUUAGAAAAAAUACUUUCUUUAUGCGGCGAUAAAAGUGAUUUAAUAAUAGAUUCGGCGUUGAUUAAGCCCUUGGAGAGGAUAUGUGGUGUAACAUGGUUAAGACAGCAUGGAGUUGAAAAGAUCUACAAAAUGGAUCCGCAACUUGGGCCAACAGUCAACAUCAUUAAAGUUUACUUUAUACCAGCAUGUAUACAAAAAUACAAGUGUGUUUUAGACCACAUAUCAUCCCAACUUAGCCAAAAGCCAUCACUAGCUGACUUAAAUUGUUUCAAUAUUAUUAUUGUGCCAAAAGUCUUACAUACUUAUGACUCAAUACUUGAGAGCAGAGGUAUGCAUGGUGUUGUGAAGUUACAUUCUUUUUCAUGGGAGCUAAUGUCGCUGGAUGAUAGACUUCUUAGUUUAGAACUACCAUUCCUGUUUAAACAACUGUAUGUUGAGCAAAACCUUUCUCUACUGUCAAGCAUUUCUAUGUCUCUGUGGAGUUUAUUCCAUGUUACAGGUAGACCUAAAUGUGUUAUGUCAUUAGGGAAACUGUCUUCAAGUGUUUUAGAUAUUUUAGAAAUAUAUAAUGAGACUUAUUCUAGAGAUUUUGUAAAGAACUACAGCUCUGAUGAGAUUGAUACAUUAGUUCUGAUAGAUAGAAAUCAAGAUUAUGCUUCAAGUUUACUUACACCAGCAACUUACAGUGGUCUGCUAAGUGAAAUUUUUAAUAUAAGCUGUGGACAUUUGGAUCUUAAUGUCAAAGAAACAAAGUAUAAAAAAGGUAAAUUGAAUUUUACGGCAGAUGCUGAAGAUACUUCCAAAAAGGUUACUAUGACGUUGGACAGCUCAAUCGAUAAUUUAUAUGGAGAAAUUAAGCAUAGACACUUCUCGGAGGUUCUUAGUGUGCUGAGUUCAAAAGCAAAGUUACUGAAAAAUGAGGACAUUAAAGCAUUAGGCAUUCAGGAAAUAAAACACUUUGUAACAACUAAAUUGCAGCAAGUUACUCUUUUUAAGCAGAAUCUAGUCAAUCAUGUUUUAGCUUGUGAAACUAUUAUAUCUGAGAUGAACAAUAAAUUUGAAAAUAUAACAUUUACAGAGAGCGAGAUGUUAAAUAACAGGAACAAGAAGUCUAAUUAUUCAUUUGUUGAUGAGAAUUUUGGCACAGAUAUACACAUGUAUAAUAGUCUCAGGUUAAUGUGCUUGCUUAGUUUAACUCAAGGCCUGUCAUAUGAUGAGUACAAUACUCUUGUCAAUAAGUAUUUGUUAGCAUUUGGCUACAAAUUUUUGUACAUAUUUAACAAUUUGAUCAAUGCCGGAUUGUUAGUUCAACCAUCUAGUCCUAAAUUGUCAUUAAACAUUUCCAAUUUAAGUGGCCUGAGUGACAGACUGCCGAGAUGGCAAAAUAGUUUUCAAAGUUUAGCUAGUAAACUAAAACAAUUGCCCUCUCAAGCUGACAAUUCUAAAACAUCACCUAGUUAUGUUUUUAACGGUGGUUACAUACCUCUGAUAGCAAUAGUCUGUAAUGCAUUAUUGACAUCUGAAUCUCUUUCGGAAGCUUUAACCAAACUGUCUGUUUUGAAUGAUUUGAAACUUGGUGGUUCAAUUUUAGAUAAUACAAAGGAAGGUAUGGAAACAUUAAAUGAAAAAUUAUCAAAUUUAAAACUGCAAAACAGUGAACUGGAUUUUGGAUGUAGAGAUGCAAAAACUUUACAGAAGUUGUUGAAAACUGAUCCUAAAUUAACAUCAGCAUUUUCAUUAAAGACAAAAUCUGUUUUAGUAUAUGUGAUCGGUGGUGUCACAUAUGCUGAGGUUGCGGCGUGCAAUGUUAUACAGACAGCAACUGGCAGUAAAAUAUAUGUGGCUAGCGACUGCAUUGCGAGUGGAUGUGAUUUUAUGGCUGCUAAUACUUGA